UAGGCUCCGCCCAUCGCCUCAAGCCCCGCCCUUCCCGCCCGGACGCAGCGCGCGCCGUGACGUCUGCAGACCCGAAUCUGGACCUGCUACCCUUGCUGUGCGGUCGCACGCUCGUCCUUCAGCGCAGGCCUCCGGGCUCCGAUUCCGGUGCAGGCCUGGUGUGAUCUCCAAAGCGACUGAACAAUGCAGAAGGACAGUGGCCCACUGGUGCCUUUACAUUAUCUUGGCUUCGGCUAUGCAGCCCUGGUUGCCACUGGUGGGAUUAUUGGCUAUGCAAAAGCAGGCAGUGUGCCAUCCCUGGCUGCCGGACUCUUCUUUGGAGGCCUCGCAGGCCUUGGUGCUUACCAGCUGUCCCAGGAUCCCAGGAAUGUGUGGGUUUUCCUAGCUACAUCCGGGACCUUGGCUGGCAUUAUGGGGAUGAGGUUCUACAACUCCGGGAAAUUCAUGCCUGCAGGUCUAAUCGCAGGUGCCAGUUUGCUGAUGGUUGCCAAGCUUGGGAUCAGUGUGUUGGGUUCUCAUCCGUAGUAGCCACACCUGCGCUUGGGCCCCUGAAGAACUGAAACUCCCCACAUGUCCACAUUUACAAUGUCUGAAGAAAAAAGUGCAGCGUAUUUACACAUUCUGACAUUUUACAAAUGUCCACCGAGCACGCAGAGGUGACGGUGAGCUUUUGCUGUUGUAACUGGUCAGGGGUGGCGAGCGUCGAGCCUGAGAGCAGAUGCUGCCUUCAUGCAGUUUCGUUCUUGUGUGAUGGCAUGUCUCCUUUCUGGACCAGUAGACAAGGAUGUCAACAUGGGGGGGGCCCCAGAGCCACAAGGCCUGCCCAGAGUGUGCGGAAUCUCUCGGUGACAUUUGUGAUGUGGGAUCUUUUGUAUAGGUCUGCUAUGAAAUGAUGUUCCUGUGAAAAUAAAGUUUGCUAUUAAGAACA